AUGCAUAGCAUUUUCUUUAAUUCUUUUGCUUCUGCUCCUAAACUGUACGUAGUGCUGACAUGGGCGGAUGUCCUCGCUGCGUAUGCAAUGUGGAUGACCAUGGUAUACUUAACUGAGGUAUGGAAGCUCAAUUUCACACAUGCUGCUGCAAUUGUCAAUUUGUACUGGGGCAUUGUAGCCGUACUACCAGUGGGCUUGCAAUUUCUUGUGGAUGCUUUCAUGGGUAACUAUUGGAUGGUCUUGGUCUCCAGUUUCGCCUACAGUGCUGGCUUGGGUUUUUUGUCAAUGUCAACACCACCAGCUCUUGCUGGGGCAACAGGCACUUGCAGUGCAUAUGAGCCGGAGUGCAUAGGCCAAGGACAAAAAAUCCUCUUUUAUACAGCAGUAGCUCUAAUAGCUGUGGGAAUGUCUGGUCACUUAACCUCGUUAGGGGCAUUCAUUGCUGAGCAGUUUACGGACUCACAAUCAGACCUUGAAGACAGCAUGCCGUGUCACUUUUUCCUGAGCUUCUUGAUGGUGAUCCUCAUCCCUAUAGCUGGAGUUUUUGCUAUUUAUUAUAUAAAGCCUUGGUCAAUUAGGUAUGGCAUCCCAGCCAUAUGUACCUUGGUAGCAACACUUAUUUUCUUGACUGGUUCGUGUUCAUAUCACACUCAUAGAGCACAAGGCAGCCCUCUCACUACUCUGUUUAGGGUGUUUGUGGCCUCUGCCUCCAAAAUAUUCAGAAGAUGCCCGAGAGAUGCCUCUCAUCUCUAUGAAAAACGUGAUGAUGGUUAUCAGAUAUCUCAUACUCAUCGCCUCAGGUGUCUAGACAAGGCUGCGAUUAUAUCAGCCACCCAACCUCUAGAGCAACAAGAAAAUAAUAGGUGGAGGCUUUGCAGAGUCACAGAAGUGGAAGAAACCAAAAGCAUCCUAUGCAUGAUUCCCAUAUGCACAACCUUUAUCCUAAUGGGUGUUGUAUCUUCUAUUGGAAAUACCUACUUUAUCGAGCAAGCAACCCACAUGAAUCGAAAAGUUGGACGCAUAAAGGUUCCUCUUCCAAUCCUUCUAUGGUUCUAUGACCAUGCCAAACAACAAUUUGCCAAAAGCUACUUCCAAAUUGGAGGACUAACAAGGUAUGGCCCCCCAAUUGGAAUUGCUGUGUCAAUGAUAUUUGCAAUUCUAUGUUGUAUCACAGCUGCAAAAGUGGAGACAAGAAGGUUAGGUGCGGUUAAGAGACACGGUCUAAUUGACAAGCCUGAGGAAACAAUUCCCAUGAGCAUCUUUUGGUUGCUUCCACAGUUUCUUCUCCUCGGAGGCCUUGAUGGGAUUGCAGACAAUAGCAUUGGUUGGUUCUUCAUUAAUCAGGUCCCUCCAUCCAUGGCUCGGUACAUGGUUCUAUUUGCUAUUGCUCUUUUUGGAGUGGGGAUUAUGGGCAGUGUCUUGUCAGUUUAUUUAGUGGGUGAGAUAAGUGGAAGGGGAGGGAAACCCAGUUGGUUCCAAGCGACUCUAAACAAGAGUCGUUUGGAUCAAUAUUAUUGGACCUUGGCUGCAUUAGCUGCAGCUAAUCUUGUUCUGUAUGUUUUGAUCAGCAUUUGGUAUGCUUAUAACGAUUUAAGGUCGGAGGACAACGAAGCACCUGAUUAUGGGGAAACUGCUGAGCCAUUUGAUGAUAAUGUGCAAUGCUGCUGCUGUUGCGCAUAG